AUGUCUGGACCUGUCGCUGAUAUGGGCCUCAUCGGCCUGGCCGUUAUGGGUCAAAACAUUAUCCUCAACGCCGCCGACCACGGUUUCACCGUUGCCGCCUUCAACCGUACCGUCUCCAAGGUCGACCGAUUCUUGGCCAACGAGGCCAAGGGCAAGUCCAUCGUGGGCGCUCACUCUCUGGAGGAGUUCGUUUCAAAACUUAAGAGCCCCAAGCGAGUCAUGCUUCUCGUCCAGGCCGGUAAGGCCGUCGAUGACUACAUUGACACCCUCAUCCCCCUCCUUGAGAAGGGUGACAUCAUCAUUGACGGUGGUAACUCUCACUUCCCCGACUCCAACCGCCGCACCAAGUACUGCGCUUCCAAGGGCAUCCGCUUCGUCGGCUCCGGUGUCUCUGGUGGUGAGGAGGGUGCCCGCUACGGUCCCUCCAUGAUGCCCGGUGGUAACGAGGAGGCCUGGCCCCACAUCAAGGACCUUUUCCAGAGCAUCUCCGCUAAGAGCGACAACGAGCCCUGCUGUGACUGGGUCGGUGAUGAGGGUGCCGGUCACUACGUCAAGAUGGUCCACAACGGUAUUGAGUACGGUGACAUGCAGCUUAUCUGCGAGGCCUACGAUAUCCUGAAGCGCGGUCUCGGCCUCUCCUGCAAGGAGAUUGGCGAUGUCUUCGCCAAGUGGAACAAGGGCGUCUUGGACUCUUUCCUGAUCGAGAUCACCCGUGACAUUCUCUACUACAACGAUGACGAUGGAACUCCCCUCGUCGAGAAGAUCCUCGACCAGGCUGGUCAGAAGGGUACCGGCAAGUGGACCGCUAUCAACGCCCUUGACCUCGGUAUGCCCGUCACCCUCAUCGCCGAGGCUGUCCUUGCCCGCUGCCUGUCCUCCAUCAAGGAGGAGCGUGUUAAGGCUUCCAGCAAGCUCCAGUACGUUGGCCGCACCAACAAGUUCGAGGGCAACAAGGAGCAGUUCAUCGACGACCUCGAGCAGGCUCUGUACGCCUCCAAGAUCGUCUCCUACGCUCAGGGUUUCCAAUUGAUGAACGAGGCCGCCAAGGAGUACGGCUGGAAGCUUAACAAGCCCUCCAUCGCCCUCAUGUGGCGUGGUGGCUGCAUUAUCCGCUCCGUCUUCCUCAAGGACAUCACCAACGCUUUCCGCAGCAACCCCGACCUCGAGAACCUUCUCUUCGACGACUUCUUCAACAAGGCCAUCCACACUGCUCAGCCCGGCUGGAGAGACGUCGUCGCCAAGGCCGCCCUCCUCGGUAUCCCGACCCCGGCCUUCUCCACCGCUCUGUCUUGGUUCGACGGUUACCGCACCAAGGAUCUUCCCGCCAACCUCCUCCAGGCUCAGCGCGACUACUUCGGUGCCCACACCUUCCUCGUCAAGCCCGAGUCAGCUAACGACAAGUACCCCGCUGGCCAGUACCACCACGUCAACUGGACCGGCCGCGGAGGUAACGUCUCUGCUUCUACAUACAACGCUUAA